AUGCUGCGUGCCUCGAUUCUUCGGGCUCGUCCAGCUGUCCGGCCAUUGGCUCGGGCCGCCCGCCCGCAAUGGCAUGUCGCCCAGCGCUUCUAUGUCGACGACAAGAAGAACUUGGGCGAAACAGCUGUUCCCAACCCGGCCCCUACUACGCAGCCGUCAUCAAGUCCAUCAAACCCGACACCUGUUCAGGAAAACACCAUCCCCGCCUCUGAAGUGCCCAAAGGUCCACCUGCCCCAGACAGUACCAUAGGCGCAUCCCGCGAUGCCCCAACCACACAGCCCUCGACAACACCACCAACUGGUACCGGCACGGCCAGUGUAGCGCCCGAUCCAAUCAAGCCACUACCAAAGAAGAAGCGACGGAGGUUCCGCAGGUUUCUCCUCUGGCUCACUAUCCUCUCUGGCCUUGGCUACGCAGGUGGUGUCUGGUACUCGCUUGUCUCGGACAACUUCCACGAUUUCUUCACCGAGUACAUUCCAUAUGGCGAGGACGCGGUUGCAUACUUUGAGGAGCGUGAAUUCCGACGGCGCUUCCCGGGCCGUGCUGGCGAACCCAGGCUCCACCCCCAGAUUUCUGGCGAGAACAAGGUCACCAUUCCUGGAAGGAGCGGACUGACUGCACGCCCCGCAAAGGAAAACAGCAGCGACCUCGCCAGCCGUGGCCCACAUGUCAGUGCAGUGGACGACAACAAGAAGCAGGACAAGACCGAGUCGGGUGGACAACAGCCAAAGGUCUCCUCGCAGACUCCAGUAGCCAAAGAACAGCCCGUCCAGGCCACCGAGACUGCUUCAUCCAAAGCCAUUACUCCGCUUGACCACCUUAACGUACCCUCUGCCACUGAGCCCGUCGUGCAAGAUGUUGUCAAGAUUGUCAACGACAUCAUCACCGUCGUCAACGCAGACAAUGCCCACGAUGGCAAGUACAACUCUGCGCUAGACAAGGCCAAGAGUGAACUCACAAAGGUCGUUUCCGACAUCAACGCCAUGAAGGAGACGCUCGAACAGCAAGCAGAGGCCAAGGUCAAGGCCGCCCAUGCUGAGUUCGACCAAGCCGCCAAGGAGCUGAUCCAGCGUCUGGACCACCAAAUGCAGGCACAGGAGACGCAGUUCAAGGAAGAGUUCGAGAAUGAGCGUGAGCGCCUGUCCCAGUCAUACAAGGAGAGGCUCCAGUCGGAGCUACAAGCUGCACAGAAGGUGUACGAGCAGAGCCUCAAGAACCGCCUCCUCGAACAGAGCAUCAAGAUGCAAAAGUCUUUCACAGCCACCGUACGGGAACGUGUCGAGGCCGAACGUGAGGGUCGUCUUGGCAAGCUGAAUGAACUCUCUUCAUCAGUUCACGAGCUUGAGAAACUUACUGCCGAAUGGAACAGUGUUGUGGACGCAAACUUGAAGACACAGCAUUUGGUUGUCGCCGUUGAGGCCGUCAAGUCUGCACUCGAAACCCAAGUCGUUCCCAAGCCUUUUGUCACGGAGCUGGCUGCUCUCAAGGAGAUUGCCGCUGAUGAUCCAGUUGUGAGCGCUGCUAUUGCCAGCAUCAACCCCGCCGCAUACCAGCGCGGCAUUCCCAGCUCGGCUCUGCUAAUUGAUCGUUUCCGUCGCGUUGCAGGAGAAGUCAGGAAAGCUGCUCUCCUGCCUGAAGACGCAGGCAUGGCGUCCCAUCUUGCUUCCCUGGCCAUGUCCAAGGUCCUCUUCAAGAAGUCGGGUCUUGCUGUUGGUGCAGAUGUUGAAGCCGUCCUUGCACGAACCGAGGUUCUGCUCGAAGAGGGUGAUCUGGACGCUGCCGCGCGUGAAAUGAAUGGCCUGCAGGGGUGGGCAAAGGUACUAAGCAAGGAUUGGUUGAGCGAGUGCAGGCGAGUACUUGAGGUCAAGCAAGCGCUAGACGUUAUUGCUACGGAGGCACGUCUAAACAGCCUACUCAUCGACUAG